AUGAAACGCUCUUACCCACAUGUGGAAGUGUCAAGAACUCAAAUCCCGUCAUCAGACCAAACUGAGUUACCAUUGUGCUUGAAGAGGCUUGUACGUACGAUAGUUCGCAGCUUUUAUUCCAGAGAGCAUUCUCUUAUCAUCGACCUACUAGUGCGGAACACAAUAAUGAAAGAGGAUGACUUAUGUGAGCGCUUGCGUUUUGAGAAGAAGCAGCUUCGCCAGCACCUUCAUACUCUGAAGACAGAUCAGUUCAUCAAAUCAAAGCUCCAGCUGGAGACUGACACGGAAGGGAAGAUUGCGAAGAUUAUUCACUACUUUAUUGACUACAAGGUGUUCGUCAACAUUGUUAAAUAUCGCUUGGAUCAGAUGCAGCGCCGAUUGGAGGCGGAGCAGCGACAGACAUCAAGCCGAGCGCUCUUUCGCUGUUUUUCCUGUAAUAGUGCAUACACUGAUCUCGAAGUCGAUCGUCUCCUUGAUCCUCUCACCGGCUCCUUGGUCUGCGUCUACUGUCGCGCUGAAGUCAAGGAAGAGGAGGAUAAUGCUCAGCGUUCAGAUGCCCGUGCUCUCGUUGCAAAAUUUCACCAACAGGUACGAGGGCCGUUAGAUACUCUGCUAAAGGAGUGCGAUCAGGUUCAUCUCUCCUCCUCCAUUUUGGAACCAGAAUUUCGCGCUUUAGAACCCCUCCCCGGGACCAAAUCAGAGACAGAUGCUUCUAGCAAUGCUGUAGACACACGUGCAGCAAAUUCUUGGCUGAAUGAUUCCAACAAAAACCCGGUAGCUACUUCAACGGAGAGCACCGUCACCAUUGUGUUGGACGCUCCAAUAAGUUCCAGCGUUACUGCUCCUAAGGAACGGCCAAUCUGGAUGUCGGAAAGUACAAUCGACUCCGGACUUGGUGCUGGUCUGGGUGAAUUAGAUCGUGGUCCAACGAGUGAUCCCUCAUCGGGAUCUGAUUUAACGACUCAGACGCUUGCACCAGGUCGAGUUCCCACCAGUCUUCUUGACCCCACCUCUUCUAAUCCAGCGGACGGCACACAAUCGUCAUCCAAUUUGCAGAAUUCCACCUCCAAUGCCGCUGGCAUAUGUGCUUCGGACAUCAUGCAACUUCUACGAGUUCACGAAAGACGUGGUCUAGGUAUUCACGGCCCGAAGACUGCUCUGAACCGACCCUCCAACGUUCCAACUUCCAAAUCCUCUGCUGCGGCAAAUCUUAAAAGUAUCCAGAAUUCCAUCAACACACACAUUCAGGAUCCGCCUGUAAAACCGGAGCCGGCUUCGACACCCUCUAACUACGUGGUAAGGUGUGGGACUUCAACUACACCCAUUCCUGACAUCACGCUGCCCAUGAUUAAGUCAAUGGAUCCUAGCGAACGUUGCGAAUAUCUACACGUAGGACUGCGCCUGUACAGAGACACCGUUACUGACUAG